GGGAGAAGCGGCGCGCGCGGGCUUCCGUAGAGACGCUAAAAAACAUGGCCGCCUCCAUGUGCUAACGUGAGAUUAAGCAGCACGCAGAGAGUCUCCGCUGCUAGGAAGCGAGCAAACGGCUACGGGCCCGGUCACACGCGUCGAGUACCACAGUAAAACCUGCGGAGGACCCGGGGGACGGUGUCCGCUUUCAAAGGGAGGCGACACAGGCCCGGUUUACCUUCAUGCUGGUGCGGACCGCCCGGCUGCUCCCCGUCAUCUCCCAUCAUCUGCACCCGUCCUCCGCCCGCUCAGCCACACAGACGCUCGGGUGGAGUCUAGGCGCCGCCGCUGCUUCCUGCCGGGGGCCGACGCCCAUGGAGCCCCUAGAUACGACCCCGGAGGGCCCCGCCACCGUGACCCCGGCGCCUGACGACGAGGACGCGCGCCCCGUGGGGCUGUUGCCCGGGGAGACGGUGGUCAAGGAGGGCAAGGCGGCCAUCUUGUUUCCCAGUGCCAACGAGGUGUUCUACAACCCGGUCCAGGAGUUCAACAGGGAUCUGACGUGCGCUGUGCUCACAGAGUUUGCCAGGGACGUGCUGGCUGGACGCGGCGUGAAGCUGGUGGUGCCGGGCGAGACGGAGCGGGUGGUGGGGGAGGAGGGCGACGAGCCGAUGGAGGAGAAGAACGGAGCCGAGUCUCCAACCAUCACUGCGGCGGUGGGGGAGCAGUGUGAGCUGGGCCUCCGCGUGCUGGAGGGCCUGUCGGCGUCGGGUCUGCGCUCGGUGCGCUUCGCCCUGGAGGUCCCGGGCCUGCGGAGCGUCACCGCCAACGACUUCUCCACCAAGGCGGCGGCGCUGAUCGCCAGGAACGCCGAGUACAACGGCGUGGGACACCUGCUCCACGCCAGCUGCAGGGACGCCAGUAUGCUGAUGUACGAGAUGCGAGGGAAGAAGGAGCGCUAUGACGUCAUUGAUCUGGACCCCUACGGGAGCCCUUCUUCCUUCUUGGAUGCCGCCGUGCAGUCGGUCAGCGAGGGAGGGCUGCUGUGUGUGACCUGCACCGACAUGGCGGUGAUGGCAGGAAACAGCGGUGAGACCUGCUACAGCAAGUACGGCUCGGUCUCCAUCAAAGCCAAAUACUGCCACGAGAUGGCUCUUCGUAUCAUCCUGCACAGCCUGGACCAGCGGGCCGGCGUGUACCAGCGCUACAUCCAGCCGCUGCUGUGCGUCAGCGUGGACUUCUACAUCCGAGUGUUUGUGCGCGUCUUCACGGGACAGGCCACGGUGAAGAACUCCUGCAGUAAGCAGGCUCUGGUCUACAACUGCGUGGGCUGCGGCUCGUUCCACCUCCAGAGGAUGGGAAGGAGGACGAGCAACGGCAAGAAUGUCAAGUACUCUCCUGCCAUCGGACCUCCAGUUGGACCAGAGUGUCAGCACUGUGGACAGAGACACCAGCUGGGCGGUCCCAUCUGGGCGGAGCCUAUCCACGACCUGGCGUUCGUCCAGAAGGUUUUGGCGACCGUGGCGGGGAACCCGUCCCGCUUCGGGACGUCCAAGCGCAUCGAGGGGAUGCUGAGCAUGGUGACGGAGGAGUUGGACGACGUCCCGCUUUACUACACCGUGGACAGUCUGAGCGGCACCAUCCACUGCAACACCCCCCCCCUGCUCCAGUUCAGGUCGGCCCUGCUUCACGCCGGCCACAGGGUUUCUCUCUCUCACGCCUGUAAGAACGCCAUCAAGACGGACGCCCCCCCCGCAGUCAUCUGGGACAUCAUGCGCUGCUGGGAGAAGACCAACCCCGUGAAGAGGGAGAAGCUGACGGAGACGAGCCCCGCCUUCAAGAUCCUCUCCAGGGAGCCCGGCACAGACGCAUGCUUCACGGUGAGAGAGGACGCCAACCCGCAGUCCCGUAAGCUGCACCUGACCCGGUUCCAGGAGAACCCGCAGGCCUUCUGGGGGCCGAAAGCUCGCGCCAAAGCCGGGGGCGGCAUCAGCACCGACCUGCAGGACAAGAGCAAGAAGUGCCAGAACAAGAGGAAGAACCAGAUCACGGAAUCAGAGCUGAAAAACAUUCAGUGCAAAAGGUUCAAACAGGGAACGUGUGCACAUGGAGACAAAUGCUGCUACUCCCACGACCCGGAGGAGAAAACGGAGGUCUGAGGAGAUCCAAGGAGGCGUUUUGCUUUUAUUUACUCAUUUCAUCUCUGGAGUUCUAAAGGGUGACGACUGCGUUUGGACAAAAGGGGGAAAAAAACCCACUCUGCUGAACAUGAACAUUUCCAGAGCUUUUGUUGUUUAAGUUCAAUAAAAGUCCUCCCGCUGAAUAUAAUUGAUUCUUUUGUUCCUUUGGCAAAGUUUUAACUGGUGGUUCAGUAGCUGCA